CAGCGGCGCGCGAUUAAUAAGGAGUCUUCAGUUCAGUUUGUCUUGGGAGCCCGCGAGCGCGUGUGUUGGCCGUGGCGCUUGGCGCACCAUGCGUAUCUACCGUUCUCUCGCCACCGCGUGAUUAUCCAAAGCGAGUCAUUAUCCAAAGCGAGUGUUUAUCCAAAGCGAGUAUGUGUCUUCAAUCCGGGAUUUUGUGCCUUAUGCUUUUCUGUCCACUCCUCGGGGUCCUCCGAUCCGCCACCGCCGAUGUCAACAGUUUGGAGAGGCAGAUAACAGUGCUGAACAGUUUUCCAGUGCUUGGACGACGAGCAGCGAAAAUGGGUGCCAUGUUGAAGGACAGAGUAUCCAGGACUCAGCAAAGGAUACGAGCCAGAAAAGAAAUCUGCUAUGAGAUGGUCGGGUGUUUCGAGGGCCCGCGGUUGCGCGCCUCUCCGCUGAAACGGCAGCCGCAGCCGCCGGAAGUGGUGGACACCAAGUUCUUCCUCUUCACCCGCAACAACAGCCGAACGGGGCUCCAGCCGGACCUGCUCGCCUACGACGACGAGGGCCAGUCCCUGCUCAACGCCAAGUUCAAGCCGAAGAAGCCCAUCAAAGUCAUCAUCCACGGAUUCAAAGGCAGCGGCAAGGACCGAGGAGCCCUCGACAUCACCCACGCCCUCCUCAACCUGGAAGAUGUAAAUGUGGUUGUAGUCAAUUGGGAAAAAGGAGCAGCCGGACCCAGCUAUGCAGUCGCUGCUGGCAACACGCAACUGAUCGGACGGCAACUGGGCCUUCUUCUCCAAAAUAUGAUUAUGUUGGGUGCUUCUGCUGAAAAUAUCCACAUUAUUGGCUUCAGUUUAGGAGCUCACAUCGCAGGCUUCACUGGUCGAGCUCUGCUCACUCUAAAGGGUGAAAAAGUUGGAAGAAUCACAGGUUUAGACCCAGCGUCUCCCCUAUUUCGACAAGUAUUCGCAAGAUCCCUUGAAUCACUAAACACAGACGAUGCACAUUUUGUAGAUGUAAUCCAUACAGAUGGAGCUGCAACUUGGUCGGAAGGUUUUGGGCUGCUGAAGCCCAUUGGCCAUGUUGACUACUUCCCGAAUGGUGGUCAAAACCAACCAGGCUGUGUUCAAGUUCGUCAACCACUUCUUGUCAGCACAUUAGAGGGCACUACAAAUUCAAGUGUUGUUUGCAAUCAUGUACGAGCCUGGCAAUUGUUCAAAGAGAGUCUCAAUCCUGCAGGAUGCACUUUUCGAGCAUGGCAUUGCCCGUACGGCCAUGAAAGUUUCUUAGAAGGUUCUUGUUUUCCACAGAAGUGCAUCACAGACAAUGAAACUGGAGAUUGCGGAAUGAUGGGAUUCCCUGCAGAAAAGUCCAAAGCUCGAGGAGCACUCUACCUAGUAACUAAAGAUUCUAGUCCAUUCUGUGGUAAUCAGCUGCAGGCAAAAAUAUACCUGUCAGAGAAAUCAGAAACUGCGAGAGGGUAUUUACAACUCACUGUUCUGGAGCCCAAAGUUUACUCCUCAUUUCAGUUUCCAACCAAAUUCCAAGAAAUCCGUGGAGGAAUCAUGUACUCGAGUCUAUCAUUAGCAAACCACACGGAAGAUAGCUCAGAAAUCCCUGAAGUAGAGGCAGAAGUAAGCUAUUACACUCUGACGCAACUCCCAAAUGGUGCGCCAUUUCACCCUCUAACAAUCGUUGACUUUGUAUCAGUGGCUGAUUUGAAUGGAAGGAUAUGGAGGUACUGCCGAAAGAAUGCUCAGUUACAGCAGAUCAGAGGAACCAAUGUGCAAAACGCUAUCAUUCAUCUUAAAUCAAAAGGCUGUUAAUUUACCAGGUAAAUAAUUGUUAAAUUAGGAAUCUGACUAUAUGUAAGUUUAGGAUCCAUGGUUGAUUUUAAAAUAACUGACGUUAAACAAAGCACCUGAAAGAACUUGUUUUCAAAGCAAUUUAAAAUGAUCAUUAGAAUUUGAAAGAUACUUUCUUGCUGGUCUAUUCUGCAAGAAUUAUAUUUUCAUUCUUGAUUAAAGAAUACCCUCAUACCCAACAAAGCUUGAAUGAGUGAGCCUGUAGAGAUAACAGUUCACAUUAGGUGGCUUUACUGCCUUCGUUUUCUGCCAUGAUAGCAAAAAAAGCCGUAAGUGCAAAGAUCAAGUUUUGAGAAAAUAGGCUUGGUAGCGUUUGAGUGGAGAAUAUUGCUAAAAGAAGCCGUCAUUCUUCGUAAAAUUGGCUUUGAUCAUUCAGAAGACUCUCAGAAUUAGUUCGAAUGAUUAAAAAUUGACAAACCUUAUUUUCAACUAUUUUAUAUAAAAGGAUCUGUUUCAUUUUCAUGUUAGGUUAGUGUCAGGCAAGACACCUGUAAGUGCUAUCUUCUGCAUGCUUUUGUGGUUGCGUUUUGGACACAUAUCAAACAAUUUUCAUAGUUAAAAAUUGUGGCAGAAAUGCAAGUCAUUUUACUUACAAGUACUGCUCUCAUUGGCUCUCAGGUGGAAUAAUGCAUCCUACGGCUGUUUUGUCUGAAACAAGGUCAAUUUUUGCACACCGAUGGUGUUUUCGUACGUCUCGGUUUUAUAUGAAGAAGACAAAGUUUGCUGUUUUAGCAGCAUCAGUGAUGUCAUACAAAUCAGAUCAGAAAAAUUUUAAAUGAACGAGUUUUCAAAAAUUUGAGUUGUGGCUCUCUUCGCUAUCAUGGCAGUUUUGUUCUUUCUGUAACUUUUGUUCUCUGAUUGUUUAGCUUUCAUGAGAAGGUGCUAAAAAUGGUGUUAACCUUUUUGAAAAGUGGCCUGCCUGUUUGGUCAACCCUUUUUUUUAUCAAGACUGAUUGUGCAGGAGUAAUAGAAAGUAGUUAUUUCAGAUCAACAACUUUCAGUGAUGAAAUUUUUGUACUCAUAUUUUGAACUAAUAUUUCUUGAUUUCUUUUCUGAAUUUUGGCUGAUGAUCAUUCCUAGCCAGAAAAUUGUUCUCUUUAUUUUUUUAAUUUUUGAAUCAUCUUCUGUAAGCCUUUUUUUUUUCGUGUCAAGAAUCAAAUAUUUUCAUUCUUUCCCUCCAAAAGUUAUGGAGCCUUUUUUUGGUAGUUAUAAAAUGUAGUCUAAAUCCGCGAGUAUUUUUAGUUAAAUUUGAAAUGGAUAGACAGUUAUAAAACUUACUCCUUCAUCAAAAUGUAAAUGUGUACAGUAAUACUUUGAUGAUCGGAUGAAUUGUGGCAGAGGCUUAUGCCAGAGCCUGAAUGGGUGUCAAAUUUUCUUUAAUUUCCCCUUAUUAGCUGAAAUAAAUUACUGAUCACUGAAUCACUGAUGUUGAUAUGAUGGAAGUAGUAGUGUACAGAGUGAUCGUCGCAUAAUCAAUCUAGUGUUUGUUUUUCUUCUCAUUUCUCUCUUUUUUAUGGUUUUUCUCUUUUAUCAGUCUUCAUGAACAAAAAGUACUUUGGUCCCAUUUAAGCUAUUUUUUCUUUUUUCCCCCCAAAUUGUUCUGUUAACUAUUGUACUCCAUUUUUCGGAUUAUUCUUUAAAUGCCCUGACCGGAAAAAUUGUGCAGUCUCUAAAAUGUAUUUUUGUAAUCAGAAGUUCCUUCUUUAUUUUAUUUGCAUUUGUAUUCUUUUUCAAUGAUUGAAAUGUUUCCAUCCUAAUCUGUUGUCAUAAAGUGAGAGCCAGCUCAUGCUUGCUUGGCUCUCGAGCCAUGUUACUGUCUUUAAAUAACCACUCAUCUCAUUUAUGCAACUGUUAAAUUUUAGUUUUUAAGCAAAUCAGAGACUGAGAUAUUUUUGUAUUUCAAGAUCUGUACUGUAGACUUUAGGCUAAAAUCGUUUUUGAUUCAAGUGAAAUACAACAUUGAUUAAAGUAAUUGUUUGUAUUUUACAACAUUGAUUAAAUUAAUUGUUUGUAUUUAUAGGUUAUUUCAAUUGUAGCUUGUUUAAAAUCAGUAAGAAAAUCUUACUUUAGAGUGGCUCAGUUUCAAAAUGAGACUAGUUUUUACCAUCAUUUACGUAAAACACUGAGUCACUCUUUCAAGUUGGCCGGAAAAGAACGGAAUUGAGUAAAAUGUAGAUUAUCUUGCCUGACACGUAUCAGGCUUGGGCUGGAUACAGAAAAAGCUGGAUGAUAAUCAAAAACAUAAAUCUCAUUUCAUAAUAUACAUUAUGUAUGCGACAACUUAAACUUGGCAACUUAAAGUAGGCAGUCAAGGAUCUCUUGUUGUUUGGAUUCCACAUGUUUUUUCGACGCCAAAUUCUGCCAAAACACAAAAAUAUGGACUUUCAGUACUAUUUAAGUGCGUACAUGGUUGCAUCAUAAAGCAGAAAAUCAUAAUUUUUCUCCACCCUUUGUUCUGAUAAUUUCAAAAGCAAAGUUUGAUUUCAAAAUAAAGCUGUGGAUAGUGAGAAUCAGAUCAUCAGCAUUUACCUAGAGUGUCGAAAAAGCAACAGGACUAGUCCUGUGAUUCAAAAGCUGAGAUAGGGAGAGGCUUGAUCGAAGACUCAUUUUAAAUAUCAAUUCAAAAGCUAUCGAUUGGGACCAAUAUGAAGUCGAAUGGUUACAGAGUGACUGAGUCAUGGUCGUUUUUAAAAAAGCAUUUCUAUCAUCAAAUACUUACAGUCUUUGAAAUUGGUGUCAUUACCACGUUUUUACACGACAUAAAUCAAAAUUUUCUUGCAAAGUCUCAUGUCAUUUUUUUCAUCUUUUCUGGCCUGACUCAACCAAUUUGUGAUAUUAUGAAUAUUAAAUUUUGUGUAUUUAUUUUCAAGUAUAUUAAUUUUAAGAUGUACCUGCAAGGAUAUUUUCUUAUUUUAGUUUUGUUUUAAUUAGUUAAGAUCCACUGUAUGUUUAGUUUUCUGUAAUUAAGUAGAUUUUACAGAAUUCAAAAAUGCCUCUAAAAUUCUACUCCUAUCUCGCUCUGGAGAUGAUUUUAUUGUAUCGUUAAUUUGUUGUUGUAUUUAUUUUUAAAAGAAUAAUUACACUUUACUGCCGCAAAAAAA